UGAUAAACCAUCAACAUGAAGGUAUUCCUGAUCCUUGCUCUGGCCAUCGCUUCCGCUUCUGCAGGCAUCCUGCCUGUGCAUCCUCGUGAUAGGGUCGCUGCUCCUUCUAUCAGUGGACGCAUCACCAAUGGAAAGAACGCUGUGGCCGAUCAGUUCCCCUACCAGGUGGGACUUAGCUUCUCCAGCUCCGAAGGCGGUUGGUGGUGCGGCGGCUCGAUUAUUGCCGCCAACUGGGUGGUGACUGCUGCCCACUGCACUGAUGGUGCAUCUUCCGUGACUGCCUCGUUCGGAGCUACUGUGCGCACCAGCCCCAAGUUCUCCUACACCAUCUCCAGCUCGGACUUCAUCCAGCACAAGAACUACCUGUCUCUGACCGUCCGCAACGACAUCUCCCUGAUCAAGACUCCCAGCAUUUCCUUCUCUGCCGCCGUCAACAAGAUCGCCCUGCCCGCCAUCUCUAGCAGCUACUCCACCUAUGUUGGCCAGACUGCCAUAGCCUCCGGAUGGGGCCUGACUUCCGAUUCCGCCACCGCAGUGGCCAAGAACUUGCAGUUCGCCGACCUGACUGUCAUUUCCAACGCCGAAUGCAAAAAGUCUUUCUCCAGUCUGAUUGUCACCAGCCGUGUUAUUUGCGUGGCUUCCUCCAACGCCAUCUCCACCUGCCAGGGUGAUUCUGGUGGUCCUCUGGCUCUCGAUGGCACUCUGAUCGGCAUCACCUCUUUCGGAUCCCCCGACGGUUGCGAGGUUGGCUCCCCGGCUGCCUUCACCCGUGUGACCAGCUACUUGGACUGGAUCAAGGAGAAUUCCGGUGUUGAAGCUUAAAACGAAACUUGAUGUUGAUUUCUAAAUAAAAAUAACCAUAAAAAUCUA